CAACAUAUGAAACGUCGUCUUGCCCAGAAGCGCUCCUCUCACCCUUGCAGUUAACGAGCUCCUGCUUUCGCAUCAAUUCCUGCAAGAACAUUCGUUGCUUGAAAACCGUAGACGCUGACAACGUCCUGUUUCCUUUCUGUUGAAUUGCGUUGACACUACAGCCGUGCACGAUGAGCACCGUUUCUGUGACGCUGCAGUUUAUAGCGGGUCCACGGCAUGUAGCAGAGCUACCAGCAUCAUGUAAAGUGGAGCAGAUAGUCACAACAGCGGAGGAGGCGUUUGGUGCCAUCACCAAAGGCGGCAUCAAGGUGGUGCUACGCGGCGGCGCACUGCCCACCGACAAGCCGGGCCACCUGGUCAGCCUGCAGGACGGAGACCAUCUCUUAGUGGCACCGCAGCGCAAAGGGCCGUCAGCCGAGGUGAUGGCGGCGGUGACGCGGGCGGCGGCGGCGCGGGGAGGCGGCAGUGGCGGCGGCGCCGAUGACGAUGACGAACGGAUAGAGCUGCCGGCGAACGCGGCGCGGUGGGAGGCGGCGGUGGUGGAGUGGCUGCGGAGCCGCUGCCCCGACUGGGUUCUCGAAUGGGUGGUGCUGGUGCGGCCGCGGCGCUUCGCCAUCACGCUUGCCUUCCUGGCGGGCUGCGUGGCGGCCUCGCGUGUGGGCCUGGGGCCCGUGUUCCUGCUGGUGGGGCUCAUCGCCUCCAUCUUCCUCAACCUGGGCCAGCGGCGCGCAGGCGAGGUGUCCGCCUACAGCAUCUUCAACCGGGGCGUGCGGCGGCUACCGGGGCAGCUGGAUGCGGACGAGAUAGACCGGCAAAUGCGGCAGGGGCAGAUGGGGUAGCGGGGGAAGGGUGGGGGUUACAUUCAUGCUCAAUUAAGAAGUGAAGUCGUAGGCAGGGGGAGGGGGGGAGAGGCGGGGAGAGAGGGGGGGCGGGGGUUGGGGUGGGGUGGCGUGUGUGCAGGAGGCGUGCCGGAGAUGGUGGUCGUGGCCCCCGCAUGAGGGAAUGAGCGAGGGGUGCUGGGGGUGUGGCAUUGGGCGAGUGAGGGGCGCACAGCGCGGAGCCGUGGCAGUGGGGCGGUGGUGCGAGGUGCCGGUGGCGCUGCGCGCCCCGGGAACGUGUGUGUGCGUAGUAGGACUGUCGGCAAAGACAUAUCUGGGUGCCCCAGGGCGUGUUUCGCCCACAGUUAUCUACCGUACUU